GCGCCGUGACGCGAGCAACCACCGUAUCGCAUCGUUCCCCUUUUCGAGCAUUUUGUCCUCUGAUUCGAUCGAUGAAAUUUAUCGCGAAAUCCGUGAAAUCGAUUUACGGAUGAUCGUUGUACCGAUUUAUUUAGAAACGGAUAGAGAGGAUUUUUAUCGUCGAUAAAAGAUACAAGUUUGUGAAAGAUCGAUCGAUCGUAGAAGACGUGAUUAUUGUUUUGAUUUUGUAUUUUUUUUUUUUCGCUUAUGGAUUCAAGAGCAAUUAGGAUCGAGAUGUAGAAUAGUGUUAGAAUAGAAUGGAGAUUUGUUUUUCGAUAAGAUCGAGGAUUUAAUUUUGAUAAAAGGUUUCCGAUGCGCGCUCCUAUACGUUGACAAACGGAUUCAAUUGAUUUGCGUUACUCCGCGAAUUGAUUCUCCAUCGCAUCACAGCUGGUGGAGAGGGUGGAGAGACUAACUCGUGGCGACAAUUCGCAAAGGAGAAAAGAAGUGGGAAAGGAGGGCGAGGAGAAGGAAAGAUGGUUUCCUCUGCGAUCUUCGGCGCGGCAGCUGGUACCGGUUUGGCCUUGGUCGUCGCGAUGACUAUAGUGGUGUAUCGUUAUUACGCUGUGAAACGAAAAGGGAAAUACUGGAGCAGCCUGGAUCGUUGGCCGGAUCCACCGGGCACGAAGAAGGGGGAGGGACGACAGGAACAAUGCUCGGAGCAUUGCCACGACUCUUCCUCCUCGCAUGUGCUCAAUUGUUGGCGGAAGCAACAGAAGAAUUAUUACGCGGUCCAGUCCAGGGAAUUUAACGUUGCCAAGGAGCAACAUGCGGUGCAGCCAUGUUCCUCCGUGGUCGUCGAAUCAGGAAGUUUACCGCAUCAAAGUCGAAGCUAUCCAGGUGGUACCACUGGAUCUGGAAGCAUGGGACGAUUGUUCACAAGGAAUUCAUCGGUGAGCUCGCAGAGCUCGUUAGAAGGACCUUCUGGACCAUCUGGACCAUCUGGACCAUCUGGAUCAUCUGGAUCAUCUGGACCAUCUUCCAGCCACCGUAGUACGACUACAACACAGAUUCGAUCGUUUGGACCUGAUGGACGAUAUCAUCGUCCGGAUCCCUUGCAUGCUGCUUCGUCUUAUCCACCAAGCAGAAGUUCGAGAUCGCCAUCACCUGGUCGUACCGCAUCGCUAGAUGCACGCUGUGGGAGUCCAGCCAGUUGUUCCGGAAGUCUUGUGAGCAGUAAUGUAUCACCAUCUCAGAGCUCUCUGUCGUCUUUGGCAACAGGUGUGAGCUCUUCUUGUGGUGGUUCCUCGAUAAACGUUGCCCACGGAGCUUCCAGAUCAGCUGGCCGAAGUCUUUCACCCCUUCUUAUUCCACCAUCACGCAUUGCCGGAAGUGACGGUGGACCACCUCCUCCAGCUUCACCAUUGGGUUCUAUACAACCUGAUCUCUACCAACGAAGAGAUGGCCCUAUUUAUCUCAAAGCUCGAGGAAAUGGAAAGAGUUUAGGCCGGCUACAUUUGCGAUUCAAAUACGACUUCGAUCGAUCAGAUUUGCAUGUACACCUAAUCGAAGCGCACGAUCUAGCUGGAAGUGAUCAAGGAGGAUUCAACGAUCCUUACGUGAAACUGAUGCUCAAUCCUGAAGUAGAUUCGAGGAAACGACAAACACAGAUAUACCGUAACGAGUCGAAUCCGUUCUUCGAUCAACAAUUCAAAUUCCCUGUCAGUAACGAUGAACUUCAGGACAGGACUUUAGUUUUACAGGUGCUCGAUUACGAUCGUUUCUCCAGAAACGAUAUAGUCGGAUCUGUAAAAGUACCACUACAUAUUUUACGAUUGGAUUCACCUACCUCGACUGAAGAAGUUUGGGGAGAGAUUGAACGUGAACGAAAGCCACCUGAACAAAUUCAAGAAGUUCUAUUAUCCCUUUCUUAUCUUCCAAGCGCCGAACGAUUAACAGUUCAAAUUUUAAAAGCGAGAAAUCUAUUUCCACCGCAGGACAAAGAAACUUUAGAUUCGUUCGUGAAAGUAAAUCUUCUUUGCGGCGAAAAGAGGGUGAAAAAAAAGAAAACUGCUGUAAGAAAAGCUACGACAAGCCCCGUUUGGAACGAGGCGAUGUCUUUUAAUGUUCCUGCCAACUAUCUCGCAUCAUCAGCAAUCGAGGUAUGUGUGAUGGACUCGAGCAAUGAAUUUAUUGGAGGAAACGUGAUUGUUGGUUCCUGUAUCAUUGGUCCUGCCACAGGAGUCAUUCGUGGAGUGGAAGGAAGUGGAAGUCAAGGAAGAGAACAUUGGCUUCACAUGACUCAAUCGCCAAGAAAAACCAUCGAUAUGUGGCAUACAUUGCAUUAAAAAAAAAAAAAUUAAGAAAAAGAAUUAUCGAUGUUUUAUUCGUCAUAUAUUGUUUUCCAAACAAACAAAACGUGAUCAUUUUGUGAAAAUGUGAACGCAUUUUUUUCUUUUUUUUUUUUUUUUUCAUUCUGUUGUUUUUUGUCGGAUUAUAGAAAUAUCCAAUCAGACAACGUAAUAUACAUAAUUGGUAUAUAGUAUAUGUGAACAACAGUAGUGUUAUAUAUGUGAAACCAUUUUUAUGAAUAUAUUCAAAAUCACUAACAAAUAAAGAAAUCGAAAAAGCGUCGCUAUCCAUUUCAGCGAUUUAUAAAAAUCCCUGAAUCCUGGUGAACUGUUAAUAUUUUGCUAUUAUUAAAUUUUCUCUAAGUUUUUCUAACCUUCAAUCGAUUUAUUUAUUUAGACAAAAAGAUAUUAUAACAAAAUAUUUCAUUUAUUUAUUUAAAAGUGUUACACUAAGUGAAAAAUGUUUUGAAGAAAAGUGAAAGAGAAUUUGCCUAUGAAGAAGGAGACAAUCGUUUCAUGUAUACACUAUAUACGUAUAUACACUAUAAACACAUACAUUUAUAAAUCAUUUAUUUCUACUGGCGGCUAAAUGUACCUAAAUAUCAGAAAAAUAAUUAUUCUAUUCGCGAUGACGAAUAUACGUGAUAGUAGAUAAUCAUAUUUCAAACAAUAAAAAUUUUUCGUUACAGAAUAUAUCAUGAAAUUAUUUCUUUGAAAUAAUUUCAAGAUAAGAUAAAUGAUAUUAAUUCAAAUUAUAAAAACAUUAGUGAUAGAAAAAAAGAAAAUAUGAAAAAAAAAAUAAAUAAUGUGGGUAAUGAUGUUUUAGUAUGUGAUUUUUAUUAAAGUCUGAAACCAUUGCAGAAUUGAGAUACAUAUAUACUUAUAUGUACUUCCUAGGCCUAAAUUUGUACUAUGCAACAAAACUGACCUCAGAGAAGUACAAGGCAUGCAUCAUGCAUAUUAUAUAGUUUACAUAAACAAAUUGAAAGCCUAAUGAAAACGAUCCUCCUUCGAUAAAUACAUAUAGUCUAACCGCGUUAUUGUUAUUAAUGUCGUAAUUAUUUAUGAAUAUAUAAGCAGCAACAAAAAAUGCAAAAAGAAAGUUACAUGAUAUCAUAUAACGUUUGUUCAGAUAUGAAUAUAAACGCAUAAACGUUUGCAAAUAAUAAAACGUAUUAUACGGAUAUAUCAUAUCCGAUAUCUUUCGAUAUACCACUGAAUAAUAGAAUAUACAAUUCUUGACUUAUUAAAUUCUUUUUUCACAUUUUUGCUAAGGCAUAGAACGCCAUUGAAGAAUAAAAAGAAGAAUAAUAUAUAAUAAUAAAAUAGAAAGAAAUCAAAUUCUAUGUAAAUUAAAAUAAGGAAGUCUGAUUUAUAUGAAUGAAAAAGAAGAGACAAAAACCAAAUGAAAAUGUGAACAUUUCCGACCAAAGUUUAUCAUAUCAUAUAUACUGAUAAUUUUGAAAAUUCCAGAGCUUAGAUCUAUUUAAUGUUAAUUUUAAAAAAAGAGAGUUCGAUUAAGGAACCUGCCGUAUUAAUAAAUAUUUUAGAUUCAUAUUCGUGUACUACAGCGAUUAAAUGUUUUUGAUUCGUUAGCUGAGAGAAGUGUUACCUGAAGAAAGAAUAAAAAUUAUAUGUUGAUUAUCAUUAAGUAUAUUAUAAGUAUAAAUAUAUGUUAUAUAAAAAUAUAAUGAUAUAUAACUACGUGAAACGUAACAAUUGGAAAAAUAGAAAGAAAGUUUGUUGGGAAGAAACGCUUAAUUAACUAUGAGCGUGGUCCGAAUCGUACGCUUAACUUAUACUUAACAGUAUUUCUAUUAUACAUAUAUUCCGCGUGUCUUCGAUGAUACGUAAUAAUUUAUAUUAAAAGGCAUAUAUAUAAAGAUGUUCUUAUAUGUAUACCAUUGUCUUAAAACAAUCAUUUUGGGUGUCUAAUACAGUACACGCUUUUAACAUUCCAACAUACUUGUAAUAGCUGUGACGAUACAUAAUGACUAUAUAAAUUUCGUGUUUCUGCAUUCACUAUAAAUAACGAAACAAACAUUCUGUAAACACCAUAUUUGUAUCGUAUUUCUACCACAAAUUUUCAUGCGCCAAUUUCAAAAAUGAUAUACAUACAUUAAUUAAUUCAGCUACUUUUUACAUAAAUAGACACCCUGUUGUUGGACCUGAAUUUGCCUUGCAUAAUAUGAUUAAACUAAACGGAAAAGCUCUAUCUAUUUCUAAUGAUUGAUCUAUUUAUAAUGAUAGCAGUGGGAUUAUGAUUAUUGUACAAAUACAUAAUUGAAGAAUGAAAUGAAAUUUAAUUAUGAGACGAUCGAUAAGCAAAGCAGAGAAACAAAUACAUAAUUGAGAAAUGAAAUGAAAUUUAAGGUUUUAUAAGACGAUCGAUAAGCAAGGCAGAGAAAUAGUUUCCACAACUGGUUUUCUGAAUAUUUUGAGAAUAUCUCUUGUCUUAUUAAAGAAUGUACAAUGUAUCUUAAAUGUGAAGUGUAAUCAAUAUUUUCUUGUAAUGUAUCCUCAUAAUUCGAUUUAAAAUAAAGAAUUACUUAUUUCCGUCAGA